AUGAAUCUUGUUUUGGAUGUGCAAGGAUUCAAAAUCGAACAUAAUAAAUUUAUUGUUAAAGAACUUGCUGGGUAUGAUGGACAACAAAUAUGUCACUAUGUCUUCAAGCCCCCUUUUGCACUGGAUCUGCUCCCACCGGACUUACAAACACAAGCUACUUGGUUGAAGCAGAAUCAUCACUGCAUAAAUUGGAACUCUGGUUUUACUCCACUACAUACCUUUCCAAAAAUUAUGGAUGACUUAACGAAGCAUGCAGAUCGAAUUUUCGUCAAAGGAGUCGAAAAAGCAAACUACUUGAGACGGUUUUUCCGCAAACCCGUCAUCGAAUUGGACGAACAGCCUCGUUUAGAGCCCGCUAGCACUGCAUGUUUCUACCACUCCAAGCCUAUCACCAUGUGUGCACUAUCCAACGUAUUUUAUUUGUAUAGUCAACGCCAAACAAAGUGGCGUGCACGUCAUCACGAUAAAAAUUCCCCGACCUAA